CCGAGCUUUCCUCGAGCGCAUCCUCUCGCCUCGGACCGCGUUCUCGUGUCAGUGUCGCCGCGAAGCCAGCUACAAUCGAGUCACUCACUCACUCACCCAGUCAGUGGAGACACAAUCGACUUCAACUCGAUCGAGCACAGUCUCGGCAAUCGACUCUGACUGACUGGAUCUGAAAAUUUCAAAAAACGAUCGCAGAGAUUCGGCCGAGAUUUCCGUAACGUUUCGACGUUUUUCCAUACUACUUAUUUUUUUUUUUUUUUUUUGAUGGUUGAUAUGAUCGGUGGUUUGUUGACAGUUGAUGAAAGCAGUGGACCAGUUGAUGAAAACGAUAAAAAUUAACAAUCGUUGAACACUUUGGGAAUCGAAGGAAUUUUGAUAGAUUGCAGUUUGGUAGAGAGUGGACGUUGUCAGUGGACAGUUGUAAUUUUGGAAACUUACUAAUUAAGUUUGGACACUUUGGAUAUUGAAGGAUUUUAAUUUUGAAAUUUGAUAGAGAGUGUUAACAGUCAGUUAAUGGUGGACAGUUGUUUGACAGAAGUUUCAGUUUGGUGAAGCAAUCCUGGGACUAACGUUGGGAAAUUUAUGGGGAAAUUUUCCAAAGGAAAUUGGCAACCUUGAGAAAUUUUCAAAAACGGACCUUGACAAACGAAUUUAAUCGAAAGAUCUCUAAACAAUUCUAAAACAGUGGAAUCAGUCGUGGAAGACUCCAAGAUUUAAAUUUCGAAUAAGAGAAAAAUUUUAAAGGAGAAUUCAAAUUCGGCACCGCGUAAAAUUCUCAGUUUUAAGAAACUGAGAGGGAACGAGAGAUCCUCUGGCUAUUUGGGAAUCAGUGAACUUUUCAACGUUUCGAAGGAUUCGCGCGUAAAGUUGACCGGAAGUGACCAGUGAACGUGUGGAACGGUGUGUUCGCCAAACACGCUAGUGCCUUCUAUCGACUCGGUUUAGCUUUCAAUCCGACACACAGCGCACCAGCAACGCGUAAAUAAAAGGAAAUCAAAAGAAAGAAAAAAAGAAAAGGAAUCCUCAAACAGUAAACAAAAUUCUUCUCGAACUGUGCACGCACCUUUUUCUCCUCGAUUAGAAACAGAAGAAAAAAGAAAGAGAAGUUGGAGACCGCGAGUCGGGCGAUCGCGGAUGAAGAUGGAACCGUGGUGGAAAGAAGAGAAGGAGGAUUUAUAACUCGGCUCGCCUGAAAUAACAGGAGGAAUGCGCGCAUGGUGAAUCAGCUUCCUCCGCGAGAGUGCGAAUUUCCUGACAGCGGCCACGCGAUCCAGGAUCGGAACCGAGAGAGAGACUGCUGCAGGAUCUGCUGGAUCGUGCGUUCGAGUGUGCGUGCGUGUACAUAAUGUGUGUGUGUAGGGACGCGCGCGCGUGUAUACCUUGAGAAAAGCCAGAAACGCCAGAAGCUCAGCGAGGGGAACGAGAGAAGAGGACCGGGACGGGAGUCGCGAAUAGACAACGGUUUUUCUUGGAAAGAAGUCGCUGACUGCUGAAUCACCAUUGACAAAUUCGAAUCAAACCGUGCGUCUUCUUCGUUCCAUAUCGACAAUGUACUCUCGCAACCAUCCACCGUGUACCAGCUACCAUUGAUAAGAUUCUCCCAUAAAGUCACCGAUGCCGCACCAAUAAAUAUCCGUGCCUGUCGUCGAGGAACUCAGGAUGGCGGUCGUGAAACGUCUUAUCGUUGGGAUACUCCUGAUGCUGGAGAUCGAUCGGGCAAUCCAAGGACAGCAGGUUCGACUAGAUCCAGAUCAUCUUGACACGGUGACAGUGUCGAUCGGUGACAAAUUAACUCUACGAUGCCUUUCAAGUUCGAACGCGGAGACCACCUGGUACAAAAGCAACGAGAUCUUCGAACCAUCGUCACCAAGGAUACGAAUAAUGAAACAAUCGUUGAGGUUCAAGUACAUCGAGCCCGAGGAUGCCGAUUCGUACAGUUGUCUGAUUAAGUCGAACGCGACGCUCGAAUGGAGAAACGUGACGAUACGAAUCGAAUCGUUGCAGAACGAUGGAUACCAACACGAGGCCGAAAGAGCGGGGAGAACCGAGGAAGAGACGAACGAAUUGGAAAUCGAAGCAAGAAAUCUGCCAGAAACACGAUCGUUGCACCUCGACAGCGAAAACGUGGAGGCCGACCUGGAUAACGAAAAACUAGAGAACGAGACCGCCGGUGAGCACAACAACACCGCCCCGGCGCGACCACCGUCCUUCAACAAAAGCGUGGAAAUGCCAAACGUGGUGGUGAAACCAGCUGGCAACAUGUUACGUUUACGGUGUCCAAGUUUUGGCAACCCAAGGCCGAACAUCACGUGGUACAAGAACAACGAAGAACCGAAACGAACGCUCGGCACGGUGGUCAUGUCCAAAUGGACGUUCAGAUUGGAGGAUCUAGUGCCUGAAGACAGUGGCAAUUACACUUGUGUGGUGUGCAAUGAGCUAGGAUGUAUCAAUCGCACGUCCAAAGUUGAAAUUGUCGAGAGCGUGAAACAUCGGCCGAUACUGACCAGGCCUCCGAGAAAUACGACGGUUCUGGUAGGAAGCAACGUUACUAUGACCUGCGAGGUUCUAUCAGCCGCGCAUCGACAUCUCGAAUGGUAUCACGGUUAUCACACGUCUUUCGACACUGUCAACAAAACCAAUCAAAGUUUCCGGGUGGAGGUCAAGGCGGAAGGCGCCGAAAAUCCGGAAGUACUGAAGCUGUACAACGUGACAGAGAAGGACGAAGGUUGGUACAGCUGUAUCGCGCAAAAUGCACUGGGCGAAACGUUUAGCAGUGCCUAUCUUCGAGUAGUAGAAUCUCUGGAUCCCGGAAUACCACUGACUGCGAAACCACAGAUUCUCGUGAACGUUCUCGCUGCGGUCCUCUUCAUAUUCUUCGCCGUAGGCGUGGUGGUGGUUAUAUACAUUUUCCAUCGUCUGAAACGUGAAAAAAUGAAGAAACUGCUGGCCAUAGAAACGGCACGCGCCGCAGUCGUAACUCAAUGGACGAAAAAAGUGAUCGUGGAGAAGCAGAAUUUGGUGAACGCGCAAAACGUCCAAGAACCAUUACUGAUGCCUGUAGUGAAGAUCGAGAAGCAAAAGUCGACCGUUGCUGCGGAGGAUAGUAACGGGGGAAGCAUCUCAGAGUAUGAGCUUCCGGUGGACAGUGCUUGGGAAUUGCCGAGGGAACAUUUGAUCUUGGGCAACACCUUGGGCGAAGGUGCGUUUGGAAAAGUUAUCAGAGCGCAAACGAAUACUGGGAAACCUGGAAUCCCUUGUGUCGUAGCUGUGAAGAUGUUGAAAGAGGGUCAUACCGACGCAGAAAUGAUGGAUCUAGUGUCUGAAAUGGAGAUGAUGAAGAUGAUCGGCAAACAUGUGAAUAUAAUCAAUCUACUAGGAGCUUGUACACAAGGAGGACCAUUGUACGUAGUCGUAGAGUUCGCUCCACAUGGUAAUCUCCGCGAUUUCCUACGAGACCAUAGACCUUCCUCUGGAUACGAACCAACCAUUGGCCAAGAACCAAAGGAGAAGAAGACUCUCACUCAAAAGGAUCUAGUAUCGUUUGCCUAUCAAGUAGCUAGAGGGAUGGAAUAUUUAGCGAGCAGAAGGUGUAUCCACAGGGAUCUAGCUGCUAGGAAUGUAUUAGUCAGCGACGAAUACGUAUUGAAGAUCGCUGACUUUGGUCUGGCCAGAGAUAUACACUGUCACGAUUACUACAGGAAAACCACGGACGGUAGACUUCCGGUCAAGUGGAUGGCACCUGAAGCCCUAUUCCAUCGAGUUUAUACCACUCAGUCCGACGUAUGGUCGUACGGGAUUCUGUUGUGGGAGAUCAUGACACUGGGUGGUACCCCAUAUCCAUCCGUACCAUCUGUAGAAAAAUUGUUCCAGUUACUAAGAACUGGCCAUCGAAUGGAGAAACCACCAUGUUGUUCCAUCGAAAUAUACAUGUUGAUGAGAGAUUGCUGGAGUUACCAACCUAACGAACGACCAAUGUUUGGUGAACUGGUCGAGGAUCUCGAUAGGAUAUUGACGAUAACUGCAAACGAGGAAUACUUGGACCUUGGGCUGCCGCAACUAGACACACCACCGUCCAGUCAAGAGUCCAGCGAGGCUGACGAUGACGAAGGUGAAGAAAAAUUCCCCUAUUUACUGUGAAUAAACCUGACGAACGAUCGGUUUUCGCCGAAAAAUUUGUAAAACUCUCUUAAAGCUGAAGAAGGAAGAAAACAGAGAUCGAGAAAGAAUGAAGCACGAGAAAGAAGAAGCGGAAACGAAAUGAAGAACAAAACGAACGAAAAUCACGAGGAAGAAAAGACUGUUUUGCAGCCGAAGAACGCAAAAACGGAAAUCGAUCGACUGACCUAACGAACACGCCAAAUAAUAUAAAUCAGUAUUGAAUUGUUUAGUGCGUAUUCUGUAGAAUUAAGAAAGAAGAAGAAAAAAGAAGAAAAUAUCGAUCGAGAAAGAACACUCUGGCCUUCGAGGAGAGACUGAUUUUCUUACGAAAAAUAUUGUAUUUAUUUUCCUCUUAUCUUUGUGUCCUGGGAAAUCGAUUACUAUUAUGGAACACGCAUUUGUUCCACAUUUCUCAGGUCUCGAUUGUAACACACUCGUAUUUCGAAGACUUUACUGUACACCUGAACCAGGUUUGCAGCCAAAACAACAAAAAUAAAAUAUAAUAAAAAAAAUGAAAUUUACUACAAAAUGUUCACGUUCAAUUUUGUACAUCUUAUAUUACCGUGCCAUUGAUAAGUGCCUUGGAAAAAAGAAACGAUAGAGAAGAGACCGAAGAAAAGUUCCACCAGGGCUUCUUGUAUUCGUUAAUAUGAAGAGAAGAAAAGAAACACGUAUAUAUGUAUAAUAUAUAUAUGGUGCACAUCAGGUUUGCACGGAAGAGAUUCCUAAAUCACAGAGGAUCAUCUCGAAAAGUGUUUAUAACUAGUCAAUUAAUAAACCUGUACGUUUCUCUGUAACAUAGCUCAGUUAUUAAAGAAUAAUGAUAUAUAUGUAUAUGUAUUAUGCCAGCGUUUCUACGUGAAUUGUGGACGUUAAUAAGUAACAAGCGCGGAUCUUCUAAUUUUUGUAAAAAGAUUGUAGAUUAUAAAUGAAUACAGUUUUUUAAUAAAACAACGAAUUUUUGACGUUAAAUAUAUUCACAGCGUCGUCGUCGAGAAAAGACGAAUACGAAAGAGUCAUACUAUUCAAUGAAUAAUGUAUAUUUUCUUGUUAAUGCGAUGAAAGAUAACUCUACAUAUAUGAUAAAUAGACUGCAGGUCUUUAUACAAUUUUUGUGAACAUAAUCAAAGAAAUGUAGCCUGAGCAGAAAAUUAUUUCCAAUGCUAAAUACUGUAAUAAGUAUUCUAUUUUCAUUGUGUUAUACAUUUCAUGUUACACUUUUUGCAUUUUAUGCACUUUUGCAUCCUAAAAUCUCCUAAUAAAUAUAUAAAAAUCCGCAGUCUAGCGAUAAAUAUAAAAAAAAGAGGUGGAAAAAGAAUUCGUUGCAUCGUCUACGUGAACGUAAAAUGCAUAAGAUGUAUAAAUGGUGCAUGCGAAAGGUGCUUAGUAGUAGAUAAUUUAUUUCUCUGUAUAUUGUUACUUAGGAUUGUAUUCUAGUAUAUCGUUAACACAUUUUCUUUUUGUAUAAUUGCAGAACAAAUGAGGCGAGAUACGUGUAAAAUAAAUAAAAAGGAUUUAUCAGUUGAUCAACAAAAACCAUAUGUAAAAGCGAUGAAAAAUUCUCUGUACAUAGCAUCAGUCUGUUUAUUUAAAAGUUUUCUCGAUUUUCUUUUUCGUUCUUGUUUCGUUACCCAGCACCUAAAGGUAGCCAGUGAAUCAGCAUUUACUAAGGUAGAUGUAGAUUAUGUAUGUAUAGUCUGCGUAAAUAUCGGAUUAUUAUUGUAACGUAAAUUUCGUCUCGAAUAAACUACUGGAAACUGUACCCACAUCA